AUGAGAAGCGGAAAUCAGACAUGGAGCAUGGAGUUUGUCCUGCUGGGUUUGUCCAGUCAUCCAGGAAUUCAGAAAGGCCUUUUUGUUCUUUUUCUGGUUAUGUACAUUGUGACCCUGGCAGGGAAUAUGCUCAUCAUACUGGUGAUAAGAAGGGACCCGCGUUUACGCACCCCAAUGUAUUAUUUUCUGAGCCACCUCUCCUUCUCGGGCUUGUGCUACACCACCACCAUCGUCCCGAAAAUGCUGUCCAAUUUCCUGGCAGAGCACAAGACCAUCUCCUUUGUGGGCUGCUUGGCCCAGAUGUACAUCUCUCUCUCUUGGGGAGGGAUUGAAUUCAUCCUGUUGGCUGUCAUGGCAUAUGACUGCUACGUGGCCAUCUGCCAUCCCUUGCAUUACCACACUGCAAUGAGUCGGAGGCUGUGCAUCCAGAUGGCAGUGGUGUGUUGGCUCAGUGGGUUUCUGAAUGGCCUGCUACAGACAGUCUUCACUCUGCAUUUGCCCUUCUGUGGAUUGACUGUUAUCAACCAUUUUGGCUGCGAAGUGUUAGCUGUACAGCAGUUGGCCUGUUCUAGCACCUUUGUUGGGGAUGCUGUGAUGUUGGGUGCUGGGGUCCUCAUUCUGCUCACACCCUUCUUUCUGGUGCUGGUCUCUUAUGUCUACAUCCUUUCCACCAUUCUUCAGAUCCAUUCUGCUGAGGGAAGGCACAAAGCUUUUCCCACCUGCACAGCCCACCUAACUGUGGUGAUCCUCUGCUAUGGGACAGCCAUGUUUGCCUAUUUGCGGCCGAGGUCCCACUAUUCCAAGCAGGGGAAACCUGUCUCGUUGUUCUAUUGCGUUGUUACUCCCAUGCUGAAUCCCAUGAUCUACAGCUUGAGGAACCAAGAAGUAAAGGGAGCCCUGAUGAAGGAUUUUGGUCAAAAGGUCAAAAGGACAAUCUAA